GGGAAGAGGAGGCGGCGGCGGCGGCGGCGGCUGCUGCUGCGCUGCUGCUGCGGUGAGGCAGGUGGCGACUACCCGCGGCGUCCGCGUCCGAGGUGAUAGAGGGGUUUUUGUUUUUGUUUUUUUAACACUAUUUCUGCAUCUCUGCUUCCCGAGUAUCUGGAAUUAUAGAUGAGAGCCACUGUGCUUCACUGAGAACCAUGUUUUUGAAGAUAGCUAUUUCAUCCAGCAACUAACUUCACCAUAGAAACACCCACAGUUGUAUUGAUGGUUGGGGAAAAAUAGUGGCAACAACAAAGGAGAAAAAGCUUUGACCGACAGAGAAAAUGAGCAUGCUAAAACCAAGUGGGCUUAAGGCCCCCACCAAGAUCCUUAAGCCUGGAAAUACAACCUUGAAGACACCUGUUGCUGCUGCAGCUCCAGUAGAAAAAACAAUAUCCAGUGAAAAAGCUUCAAGUACUCCAUCUCCUGAGACUCAAGAGGAAUUUGUGGAUGAUUUUCGAGUAGGGGAGCGUGUUUGGGUGAACGGGAAUAAGCCUGGAUUUAUCCAAUUUCUUGGAGAAACCCAGUUUGCACCAGGCCAGUGGGCUGGAAUUGUUUUAGAUGAACCCAUAGGCAAGAAUGAUGGUUCUGUAGCAGGAGUUCGGUAUUUUCAGUGCGAAUCUUUAAAGGGCAUAUUUACCCGACCUUCAAAGUUAACAAGAAAAAUACAAGCAGAAGAUGAAGCCAAUGGCCUGCAGAUGGCUCAUGCCUCCAGAACUGCUUCUCCUUUGUCCACUUCUGCAGCUAGCAUGGCAUCCUCAUCCCAGGCCACCCCCUCAAAUAUUCCCCAUAAAUCAUCCCAACCAACAGCAAAGGAUACUUCAGCCACAUCUCAGAUCAGCAACCUCACAAAAACUGCCAGUGAAUCAAUUUCCAACCUUUCAGAGGCUGGCUCAAUAAAGAAAGGAGAACGGGAGCUCAAAAUUGGAGACAGAGUGUUGGUUGGUGGCACUAAGGCUGGUGUAGUCCGCUUUCUUGGUGAGACUGACUUUGCUAAGGGUGAAUGGUGUGGUGUGGAAUUAGAUGAACCUCUUGGGAAGAAUGAUGGUGCGGUUGCUGGAACCAGGUAUUUUCAGUGUCAACCCAAAUAUGGCUUGUUUGCUCCUGUCCACAAAGUGACCAAGAUUGGCUUCCCUUCUACAACACCAGCCAAAGCCAAGGCUGCCGCUGUGAGGCGUGUGAUGGCCACCACCCCUGCAAGCCUGAAGCGCAGCCCAUCUGCCUCUUCCCUCAGCUCCAUGAGCUCUGUGGCCUCCUCUGUGAGCAGCAAGCCAAGCCGGACUGGACUAUUGACUGAAACCUCUUCCCGCUACGCCCGCAAGAUAUCGGGCACCACUGCCCUCCAGGAGGCACUGAAGGAGAAGCAGCAGCACAUUGAGCAGCUGCUGGCUGAGCGGGACCUGGAGCGGGCCGAGGUGGCCAAGGCCACCAGCCACGUGGGGGAGAUAGAGCAGGAGCUAGCCCUGGCCCGGGACGGGCAUGACCAGCAUGUCCUAGAAUUGGAGGCCAAGAUGGACCAGCUUCGAACAAUGGUGGAAGCAGCUGACAGGGAGAAGGUGGAGCUUCUUAACCAACUGGAAGAGGAGAAAAGGAAGGUCGAGGACCUUCAAUUCCGAGUUGAAGAAGAAUCAAUUACUAAAGGCGAUCUUGAGCAAAAGAGCCAGAUUUCUGAAGAUCCUGAGAAUACGCAGACCAAACUGGAGCAUGCCCGCAUUAAGGAGCUUGAACAGAGCCUGCUCUUUGAAAAGACCAAAGCUGACAAACUACAGAGGGAGUUAGAAGACACUAGGGUGGCUACAGUGUCAGAAAAGUCACGUAUAAUGGAACUAGAAAAAGACCUAGCAUUGAGAGGACAGGAAGUAGCUGAGCUCCGAAGAAGGCUAGAGUCCAGUAAACCUGCUGGAGAUGUGGAUAUGUCGCUUUCCCUUUUGCAAGAAAUAAGCUCUUUGCAAGAAAAGUUAGAAUCCACCCAUACUGACCAUCAGAGAGAAAUAACUUCUCUGAAGGAGCAUUUUGGGACUCGAGAAGAGACAUUUCAGAAGGAAAUAAAGGCUCUGCAUGUAGCCACAGAGAAGCUUUCCAAAGAGAAUGAGUCCUUGAGAAGCAAGCUUGACCAUGCUAACAAGGAGAACUCAGAUGUGAUAGCUCUGUGGAAGUCCAAACUGGAGACUGCUAUUGCAUCCCACCAGCAGGCAAUGGAGGAGCUGAAGGUGUCCUUUAGCAAAGGAGUUGGAACAGAGACAGCCGAAUUUGCUGAGUUAAAGACACAAAUAGAGAGAUUGAGACUAGAUUACCAGCAUGAAAUAGAAAGUCUGCAGAAUAAACAAGACUCUGAACGGUCUGCUCAUGCUAAAGAGAUAGAAGCCCUGAAGGCUAAACUGAUGACAAUCAUUAAGGAAAAGGAGGACAAUCUGGAAGCCAUGAAAUUGAGACUGGACAAAGCAGAAGACCAGCAUCUAGUGGAAAUGGAAGACACGUUAAACAAAUUGCAGGAGGCUGAAAUAAAGGUAAAGGAGCUAGAGGUUCUGCAAAUCAAGUGCAAUGAACAAACCAAAGCCAUUGGUAAUUUUACAUCACAGCUCAAGGCUGCUGAAGAAAAGCUCUUGGAUCUUGAUGCACUUCGGAAGGCCAGUUCCGAAGGUAAAUCGGAAAUUGAGACACUUAGACAGCAGCUUGAGGCAGCUGAGAAACAGAUUAAAACUUUAGAGAUUGAAAAGAAUGCUGAAAGUGGCAAGGCUAGUAGCAUUACCAAAGAGCUCCAGGGGCAAGAGCUAAAGCUUACUAACCUUCAGGACACUUUGAGUGAAGUCAGUCAAGUCAAAGAGGCUUUGGAAAAAGAACUUCAGAUUUUGAAAGAAAAGUUUGCUGAUGCUUCAGAAGAGGCAGUCACUAUUCAGAAAAGUAUGCAAGAAACUGUAAACAAGUUACACAAAAAGGAAGAAGAGUUUAACAUGCUGUCUUCUGAACUGGAGAAGUUGAAAGAAAAUUUAACAGAUAUGGAGGCCAAAUUUAGAGAGCAGGAUGAAAGAGAAGAACAACUGGUAAAGGCAAAGGAAAAAUUGGAAAAUGACAUUGCAGAAAUAAUGAAGAUGUCAGGAGAUAAUUCUUCUCAGCUGACUAAAAUGAAUGAUGAGUUACGUCUGAAAGAAAGAUGUGUAGAAGAAUUACAGCUAAAGCUUACAAAGGCUAAUGAAAAUGCGAGUUUUCUGCAGAAGAAUAUUGGGGAAAUAACUCUUAAAGCUGAACAGAGCCAGCAGGAAACAGCCAAAAAGCAUGAAGAGGAAAAGAAAGGAUUAGAAGAAAAAUUGUUGGACCUGGAAAAGAAAAUGGAAACAAGCCACAACCAGUGUCAGGAUCUGAAAGCCAGGUAUGAAAAAGCUAGUUUGGAUAUGCAAACAAAGCAUGAAGAAAUCCUGCAGAAUCUACAGAAGAUACUGUUGGACACAGAGGAAAGGCUAAGGACUGCACAGGAGGAGAACAGAUGCUUGAUGCAGGAGAUGGACGAACUGAAAACACAGGCUGAGAAAGCCAAAUCGCUAACUUGUUUGUUAACAUCAGCCAAAAAAGAAAUUGAACUAAUGUCAGAAGAGCUGAGGGGUCUGAAAUCAGAGAAGCAGCUUCUUGCACAGGAAGGAAAUGCUUUAAAGGUAGAAAAAGGUUCGCUUUUAUCAAAAUUGAUAGAAAUGGAGGCCAAAGUAACUUUGCUUCAGGAAGACCAACAGAAAUUAUGGUCAGUAAAUGAAACUCUCAAUGUAGAAAAGGAAAAAGUUUUUAAAGAAAAGCAAGAUGCUGAAAAGCUUUACAAGCAGGAACAUAUUGAUAAAGAAGCUCUGGCUAUUGAGAGAGAAAAAUUGCUUAAAGAAAUCAGUGUUGCACAGGAGGAGCUUUUGAAGAUCCAUGUGGAAAAUGACUCUUUGCAAGCCUCCAAGGUGCACAUGCAGGCACUCAUCGAGGAGCUCCACUUCCGCACAGAUACUCUGAUAGCUAUGUCUGAGAGGGCUCGACUAGAAAAAGACCACCUGGAGGAUCAGAUCAAGAAGCUUUCUGCCGAAAACCUCAUCUUGACAAAAGACAAGGACGAUAUCAUUCAGAAACUUCAGAGUGCUUACGAGGAGCUUGUCAAGGAUCAGAAAGCCUUGGUCCAUGAGAUUGAGGAGCUCACAUCAGAGAAGAGGUCAACAGCUGAGAAGCAGUUGAGCCUUGACAACAUGUGCCUCGCCCUAAAGGCAGAACGAGAGAGCCUUCUCCAAAGCAACAGAGACCUGCAGGUCGAGAAGGACACACUACAUCAGGGUCAGGAGAAGCUGAGUGCCAGCCUGGAGGCUGCCCUGCAGGUCAAACAGCUCCUCAGCACUGAAGCUGAUGCUCUGCACACACAGCUGGACUGUGCCAGCAAAGCACUGAGGAAGGCUGAGCUGGAGACAAGGCAGCUUCAGGCUACCAAUACAAGUCUUACAAAGCUCCUGGAAGAGAUUAAGACAAGUCGGGCAAUCACGGACUCUGAAUGCAUCCAGCUUCUCCAUGAGAAAGAGACUCUGGCUGCCUCUGAGAGAAGGCUUCUGGCUGAGAAAGAAGAACUUUUAAGUGAAAAUAGGAUCAUUGCAGAGAAACUCAGCAAGCAUUCUGAAGAAGCCACCCAUCUCGAGAUGAGUCUCAAUGACAAGAUCACAUGCCUAACUUCUGAGAAGGAGAUGGCUUGUCAGAAAAUUACUAAGCUUAAAAAGCAGCAGGACAGCCUCUUGAAAGAAAAAUCAGCACUGGAAGUACAAAAUGGAGAUUUACUUUCAGAGAGAGAAAAUUCCAUCAAAGCAAUAGGAGACCUUAAAAGGAAGUAUGAGCAAGAGGCUGCAAGCCGAAGAAUAAUUGUUCAGGAGAAGAUGAAACUACUCGGUAAUAUCGAUGCUCUGAAGAAAGAGCUUCAGGAGAGAAAACAGGUAAACCAAGAGUUAGAGGCCAGUAAGUGUGACCUCUCUUUAAUGCUGAAAGAGGCUCAAAAUGCCAAAAAGGAUCUUGAAAAAGAACACACCAACAUGAUGCAAGCAAAGGAGAAUUUGAAUGCUGAGCUUAAGACUUGUUGUUGUGAAAAGAACAUGUUGCUAAGGGAUGGUUUGAACCUGCAAGAAGAAUGUCAGAAAUUAAAUGAGGAGAUUCAUACAAUGCAGCAGUCUUUAAUCUUGGAAAAAGAGGCCAGAGCGAAAGAAAAUGAGUCAUCCUUGUAUGAAAACAAUAAACUUCAUGGGAGAAUGGUGCUCUUGGAGCAGGAGGUGGAUGGGUUAAGAGUAUGUACAGAGCAGCUUCAAUCUGAGAAUUUUGUACUAAUCCAAGAAAAGACCAAAUUGGAACAAGAAGUGGUGGAGAUAAUUAAGGAAAAGGAGCUCUUGAGUGUGGAAACAGCUCAGCUUGCUGCCAAUAUAGAGACCCUGAAAAGUGAUUUUGCUGCUCUGUCCAAGUCCAAGUUGGAACUGCAGGAACUACACAGCUGCCUCACCAAGAUCCUGGAUGAUCUUCGGCUGAACCACGAGGUAGCUGUGGCUGACAGAGCAAAGGCACUGCAGGAUAACAAGAAUGUCCUGGCUGAGAAAAGAGAAAUGAUGCUGAGAAAUGACGAGCUCCUGAAGGAGAAGGAGAAGCUGGAAGAAAGCUACUUUCUCCUACAGAAAGAGAUUAGCCAGCUGGCCAAGACCAACAGCCACAUUUCAGCCAACCUCCUAGAAUCUCAAAGUGAAAACCGUACUUUGAGGAAAGACAAAAGCAAGCUUACCCUUAAAAUUAGAGAGCUUGAGACUCUUCAUUCAUUUACGGCUGCUCAGACUGCAGAAGAUGCCAUGCAGAUAAUGGAACAGAUGACCAAAGAGAAGACGGAAACUCUAGCCUCCUUGGAGGACACCAAGCAAACAAAUGCAAAACUACAGACCGAAUUGGAUACACUUAAAGAAAACAACCUGAAAAAUGUGGAAGAGCUGAACAAAUCAAAAGAGCUUCUGACAGUUGAGAAUCAGAAAAUGGAAGAAUUCAGGAAAGAAAUAGAAACCCUAAAGCAGGCAGCAGCUCAGAAGUCCCAGCAGCUUUCAGCAUUGCAAGAAGAAAACGUCAAACUUGCUGAGGAACUAGGGAGAAGCAGAGACGAAGUCACAAGUCAUCAAAAGUUGGAAGAAGAAAGAUCUGUACUGAACAAUCAAUUGUUAGAAAUGAAAAAGAGAGAAUCCGAGUACAUAAAAGACGCCGAUGAAGAAAAAGCUUCCUUGCAGAAAUCCAUCAGCAUUACUAGUGCUUUACUCACAGAGAAGGACGCAGAGCUGGAAAAGCUGCGGAAUGAGGUCUCAGUGCUCAGAGGAGAAAAUGCCUCUGCCAAGUCCCUGCAUUCAGUCGUUCAGACUCUGGAGUCUGAUAAGGUGAAGCUUGAGCUCAAGGUAAAGAACUUGGAGCUUCAACUCAAAGAAAACAAGAGGCAGCUCAGCAGCUCCUCAGGUAAUACUGAUGCUCAGGCAGAAGAAGAUGAGAGAGCCCAGGAGAGCCAGAUUGAUUUCCUAAAUUCGGUAAUAGUGGACCUUCAAAGGAAGAAUCAAGACCUGAAGAUGAAGGUAGAGAUGAUGUCAGAAGCGGCUCUCAACGGCAAUGGAGAUGACCUGAACAAUUACGACAGUGAUGACCAAGAGAAACAAUCCAAGAAGAAGCCCCGCCUCUUCUGUGACAUUUGUGACUGCUUUGAUCUCCACGACACAGAGGACUGCCCUACCCAGACACAGAUGUCUGAGGACCCUCCCCACUCAACACACCAUGGCAGCCGGAGUGAGGAGCGGCCAUACUGUGAAAUCUGCGAGAUGUUCGGGCACUGGGCAACCAACUGCAACGACGACGAGACCUUCUGAGGGGCAUCAGGUGUCGAGCUGGGCUUUCUCAGCAGCACUGGCAUCGAAGCAGCUUAACACCAGCAUUGCGUGUGCAACUUCAGGAGAACUCAUGUUAUUUUGACCCUGGUCAGCAAAUCUAAAAAUAUUUUGAUCUUCAACAAAUCACCUUUAAUCUCCUUUUAAGUUAAAAUAGUAAAUAAAUAUUUAGUAGGUGAGCUUUCACCUUUCAUUUUGUUUUCUGAAUUUUUAAGUUUAAGAUACUGCAGCAGGUGCUGUUACGUUUAUUGUCCCUCAUAGAACAAGCCUGACCCUUACCAUACCUUAUUUAAGAAACUUUAAGUUAUGCCGUUAUUUUUCAUAUUUGCACUAAAGUAUUUCUGGGCUGCAUUUUGUAUAUUUAGAUUUUCUUUGUGGUUAAGCUUGACACUGGAACGAGUUGCAAAAACUGUAUGAUUUUGUGUUUCCAUAAGUAUCAGCUGUCUGCACUCCCCGCUGUCAGCAGUGCCUUGGCGCCAGGCUUCACAACACAGGUGUGAUUCUACAUCACCAAGCGGGUAAUGGAGGGAAACCCCCAACUGCUGUGGGACACUUUAUAAUAUUUAUGCUGCACCCACAUUCUCGCUGUGUGGUGUCUUCUCUAUUGGGUUAAUAAUUUCAGCUUCUAUAUAUUAUAUGUAUAUAUUUUUUAAAGAAAUCUAUAUUUUGGGAAAAAAAACGUAUACAGUGUGUUUUUCUUUUCAGAUUUUUUUUACCUUUAUGAGAAAGCAAACACCUAAAAAUCAUCAGGGCUAGGCCAGAAAUAGCAUCAUGUGGCUCCAAAGCUUUUUUUUUUUUCCUUUUGUUUCCAUUUUGUUUCUUUUCCAAAUAGAAAUUGCUGGAAAAAUUUUUUUCCAGUUAAAUUUUUUUCCCCUUCUCUAGUACUCAUCCUCAGCAGUAAAUUAAUUUUAAAACACAUAAAUUAACCAACUACAAUCUUUCCUUACAAGUUUUUUAAACUAUAUUUUUACAUGAAUGUAUGAUGAGAAAUUCAACAUGGAUUUUCUUAUCACAAGAUGAGAAAAUGAAGGGCCUCAGCCCCCAGGACAUAUUAGGGAAUGUAGUGGGAAUGUCUUCUAAAAGGCGUUAAGACGAUGCACCGGCCACACUGCCUGUAUAAUAAGAACUUGUAUAAUUGUAGAUAUGCCUUUGAUGGAUUUCCUCUCUAUUAUCAACAGUGUGACAAGUGGAUAUUAAACACAUCUGUUGCCAGUUAAUAAGACCAUAGGAAUUGUUUCACAGACAUAACAUUUAAAGCAGUAUUAAAACCUGCACAAACAAGUGUUCUGUAUCUACUUUAAUAAUAAAUGGUUAUUUUUUUUCA